AAGAAAAUAAUAAAUGCGUGAGAGAUAUUACUUUUGACAGUAAAGGGAAGAUAAGUUAUCGUGGAAAUGUGAAUAAAGGUAAAGAAAAAAGAGUAAACGUAGACGACAAAGAGACGUGGAAAUCAGGAUUAGAAAAAUCCAAAAACUGUGAGACAACGUCAAAAAUCAAUAUGAGAACUCUAUCAACAAAGAUAAAUUCUUUGAAGAUUUCAAAAAAAAUUGCUUUGAUAAAAAAGGCAAAAAAAAGUCUCAAAAAAAGUCUCAAAAAAAUAUACGUUUAUUUUUUAUUAGGAGAUCAUAUCUUAACUAAACAUCCUGAUAGAAGGAAUUGUCUUAAAAAAUUCAAUUUUACCGUAUAUAAGAAUGUCGCGACAAUUUACGAUUUAACACGAGUACAUUUCUUAGAGCUCCCUUUUCAACAUAGUUUUUUUGAUGGCAAACAUCAUAAAAGAGAAACUAUUAUCUCAUUAAUCAAUUGGUUCAAAUAUUAUAUCGAAUGUGAUGAUAUUGAAUUCGCUAAAAUUAAUGAGAAUAAUACGGUUACAACUGAAGAUCAAGGUAUUGAUUCUAUCGAUCAUGAAGAUCAAGGUAUUGAUUCUAUCGAUCAUGAAGAUCAAGUUUGUAUUUCUGGUGAUGAUGAUGAUGUUCAAGCGGCUGAAGCUAGAAACUGCUGA